UGGUGGUUUUCGGGUCCGGAGACAAAUUUGGUGAAAUUUUCAAUUUCGGUGUAAGUUUUGUGCGUUUUGUGAGUAUAAAAGAAUCAACUGGAACCAUGACGAAGUGACGACAUACACCUUAAGGCAAGGAUGAGUGAAUUAAUGUAAGUACGGCGUCAGAUGGAUCUCCAUCGUACCAGCAAUUAUAUGAUCGGAACAAUGUGUGGAGGCGAAUCACCAUACAAGAGUGAACAGCAGCAACAGCUGAUUGAGCAGGGUCUCAUUCCAAACCCGCUGUAUCAUUCACAGCACCCUGCGCCUCAGCAUCCUUCUCUGGGUAGCGACAGGCACCACCUGCAACAGCCUACAUCUCAACAACAGCUGCAGCAUCAACAGCAAACGCAAGUCUGCGGCUUACCUAUGGCGCGACCGCUGGCUGCGGUCAGCCCGGGCUGUGGGGUUGCGACGUAUACGUCGCUAACUAACGGUACUGGCUGCAAUAUCGGCAUUACUGGAAGUGGUAAUGCUGCUAGUGUAAACCUUACAGUUGACAGUGCAUUACAUCCUGCUAAUGGCCAUUCGAAUGGCGCAAAUAUUAGCCUGCAGAGUCUUGCUGUCGUCAUGGACAGUUCACCAAUGAACGCUGCUCUCCGCCUAAUCGGUGAUCCUGCAGUGGUAACGCAGCCAAUGGUGCUAGCGAAUACUGCGAGGGAUACGCAACGUGCUUCUAGAGGGCAAGAGAUAAAACCGCAAACAGAUUCGACUCAGGCCUAUACCUCAUACAACAAAAAGGACAAACCUUUAGGGCUGACAGCUAGCAAGAAUGACAUUUCUCCAGUAACAGCACAAAGCAUCAACGGUUCGGCAGGAACGUUAACGACGACAACGCCGGUCACUGAGACGAUGGCAGUUAGUACAUCCGAGCAGCAAUCGCAACAACACACCGUAGGUAUGCCGCCAACGGCGAGACAAACGAAUGGUGGCCGGCUGUCGCAAGAUGGAGCACCUACGGGCUGUGUCGGUGGACUAGGGGCUCGUGGAAACAAUGGGAGCCUUUCAAAUGGAAUUUUAUUGCCACCUCCAACUUCACCUGCACCCCGACCCUCGGUAAAGAGAUGUGCUAGUGAAGACUGGGAUGAAGCAAACAAGGAGGAUCUCAAGCGGGCUUUAGGAAAUGAUGGUAGAACAUCUGAAUCGGCCGUUUCUACUGGUAAUCAAACUACUGAGGCUAUGUGUCCCAUUCGAGAACCGUCGGAGUCGCUUUUAGGACCGACGCCUCCACAACCGAAGAAACGGGGCCGUCGAAAGAAAAGCGAAAUACUCGCUGCCGAAAUGGCCCGAAGGGCAGAGUUGGGCCUGAUGAUUGGAGGGAACCGCGAACUGAGGGACGCCCGAAUGAAUGAUGUUUUCGGUGGAGUCAUCGAUGGGGAUGUGCGUCGAGCAGGGCGGGAGAAGAAGCCCUAUGAUCCGUGGGCGAAUCGCAAGGCUUCUGGCCGGCCCUUUGUUCAAGACGGUCCAUGUUUUGCGCUACUCGACGUAACCUCAAAGAAGUUCCCAAAAUGUAGCUCCUGCAGAAUUAAUGACGAAGUGAGCGAGUGUCGCUUUAGUGAAUUUCGUAAGCUGCGGUUUGUUGGCGACCUUGUUCAAGUAGACGGAUUUACAGAUUCCGACGAUGCACAGGAUUCCGAUCGUCGAAUUUGGAUGACAGCAGACCUUAGGCCCAAUGUUCCUGAUGCACCUUCGAUAGGUCCGCCAGAUUCAGCCGUUCCUCCAGAAACAGAAGAGGCACACCACCCGACGCCUGUACAAGGCGCAGCUGUAAACCGUCUUGAUGAGAAGACAGCCAUUAUGGUACUUACCAAUGUCGGGGAUAUCAUGUGCGAUCUCGUCCGCGAAGAGGCCAAAGUGAAAAACGACUAUCUUGAUUGGAUGCCACCCGAAACCACAAACGCAGGCAGCACUGCCAAAGUGAAGUGGCGACGAGUUUACGGCGUGCGAGAGAUGUGUGAUGUCUGCUCGACAACAAUUUUCAACCUUCACUGGACAUGCGGCCAAUGCGGUUUCGUUGCUUGCAUUGAUUGCUUCCGUGCGCGAGCCAAGCGCGAUGAAGCUAUUGACCGAGAACGUGUCGACGGUGUGGCACCGGAGAGCAGCAAUGGUCCCGCCACGCAGGGACACUUGCAGCUGGGAACCAACGGACGUGAACAUUGGACUACUCGAAGAAGUAGAGAACAACAUCAAAUUUACUCAGACAAGGAUGCAUUUCGGUGGCUGUACUGUGGUAACCCAAAAAUUCAACGAUCGCAUUCGCCUCGGAAGUUGUUGAUGACACAGAUUGUGCCCGGAGAUAUCCUAGAGCGAGUUAAUCGACAGCAACAUGAAGUGCGGCGUCGGCGAGGUAUUCCCAUGCAGUGUGGGUGUGACGGCGAUGGAAAACAUCCAUCAGAAGAACAAACUAAUGGCGCUGUACCUCAUGCUUCGGAACAAACAGAAGGCAACGACUCUGCCAGAUCGCCGCUUACGAAGUCCGGUCUUCGGUUAGCAGCUAGGACUAGACUCAAGAAGCUGAUGGCCCCUGCCGGCAAUGGGUUGUCUUUUAAGCGAUUGCUUUCAUUGGAGAUCGAACGGGCAACUGGUCGAAAAUCGAGUGAUAAUUCAUCCAGUGUACGUGCAAUGGCUAUUCAGACACCCCGUGGUACAUUGGCAGUACCUAUAACUUCAGCAGCCAGCGCCACAUCUUCUACUAAGGGUACUAGCCGGCCUACGUCAGGAGGAGACCUUGCUGAUCUUCGAGUACUAGCGGAUAUUGCCACACAACGGUCUUCUUUGGGGCCCGGUAUUAAGGUCGAGGCCUCGGAAGCAUCUGAUAACGUUUCAAAAGAUCCAACAGCCUCUACAGAAAAUGGUUUUUCACGUAUCCAUGGAAUCGCAAGUGCAGUCCUUGAAGCUCGACUGAACCCAGACCAGCGCCGGCCUUUAUAUCGUUUGCCCGUUUCAGCAAAUCGGCUUGAGUCGCUGGCCCCUCGUGUUGGCCAAAAGUCAGAAGGACGACGCAUGUACACUGCACCCCACGAGUGGCUUUGUAACGGGAAACUGUUGCUAUUGCUUGAAGCGACCCAUCCACAAAACCUUGAGCUAUUUCAAGAACAGUGGAAUCGGGGACAACCUGUUGUCGUUGCUCACGUAUCCGAAGUAUUAGAUAUGAACCUCUGGCGACCGGAUGCGUUCCUACGGGAUUUUGGCGAACAGAAAUCGACCUUGGUCGACUGUAAAACGGGCGCAGACCUUGGCAAGCCAAUACCAAUGAAACGCUUCUGGGAGGGUUUUGAGUGUUUCGCAAAACGCAUGUGUGAUAAGAACGGGGAUCAUAUGUUACUAAAGCUUAAGGACUGGCCACCAGAUGAAAAUUUCAGCGAAGUGCUGCCCACACGAUAUCGGGACCUUAUGGGAGCCCUUCCGUUACCGAUGUAUACGUUACGGGAAGGAAGCCUUAACCUGGCUAAUCGAUUGCCGGAUUGCUUUGUACCACCUGACCUUGGACCCAAGAUGUAUAACGCUUACGGAUCCGCUCUCUUUCCAACAAAAGGGACGACGAAUUUGCAUUUGGACAUGAGUGACGCAGCCAAUGUGAUGGUGUAUGUCGGCAUUCCCCGUGAUGGGAACUGCCAGCGACACAUCGAGGAAGCGUUACGAGCUGUGGAAGAAGCGGGAUGCGACGCGACGCAGAUGAAGCGCGUUCGGGAGAAGGGCGCGAAGGUGGGGGCGGUCUGGCAUAUUUUCCACGCCCAGGACGCUGACAAGAUUCGAGAAUUAUUGAAACAAGUCACGGUGGAGCGAGGUCAACGCCUUGAAGCGAAUUCCGAUCCAAUCCAUGAUCAAUUGUGGUACCUAGAUUGUGAGUUACGACGUCGCUUGUUGCUGGAGAAGGGCGUACGGGGAUACGCGAUAGCACAGUGUGUAGGAGAUGCCGUAUUCAUUCCAGCAGGAGCGCCCCACCAAGUGCGCAACCUCCACUCGUGUAUAAAAGUCGCCGAAGAUUUCGUUUCGCCGGAGAACCUAGCUCAUUGCCUUCGACUGACCAACGAAUUCCGGUUCCUUUCGGAUACUCAUACAAAUCACGAGGACAAGCUGCAGAUUAAGAAUGUUGUGUAUCAUGCAGUGAAGGACGCUGUAUCAGUUCUCGACGAGGGCGACAGGCCGCGUGCCGAGGGCUGCUGAAUGCUGAACCAUAGAAACGGGGCCAUGCGCCUACAAACAAACCUACAGACAUCGUUAAUAUAUGUUUAAUAAUACCUAGUAUUCACAUAACACACACGCAAAAUGUGAGAACAUUAAAAGCGACAGAAAAAAGGUUAGAAAGAUAAUCAAUCAGGAACUAAUUUUUGCUUUAUUUUUUGGAACAAGAUGUUGCAACAGCAUUUCUUACCGGCGCACAAUAUAAUACACAAAUCAUUACCGACUCGCUUGAGCGCUCACAAACACGGAUACAUUCAGACAAGUAAAAAAAAAACCACGUUGAAAGAUGACGACUGAAGAAAACUCUCAACAAAAAAUCACACAAAGGGUCAUAAGGGUAUGUUUUCAGGAGACUUUUGCUGGUGAAAUAGAGAAGUUUGGUAGACUGAAAAAAUAAUUAUAAUUUGUAUGUAGCGCAUCGCAAAUGUGCUCUUGUGAAUUUUUACAAAGCGGAUCCUCAGGAACCUGACAGGAUGAAUAACUGAUUAACGAAAAAAAGUGAACCAACUUAUUAUAUGUUAGUAAUUAUUAAAACGAGAAGCCAGUUAUUAUUUUGUUUCGCCUUUAAUUAUUAUUUUCUCCUUGUAUUAUAAAAAAAAAAAGAAACGGUGGCGAAACGAAAGUGUAUUGCCACCUUUGUACAUAAAACUAUAUAUGAUGUAAAACACCCUAAUAUUAGAAAGGAUACCUGUGAAGGAAAGUGCAACGGAAGCAAUUAUUUAGUGGAACGGGCUUGGAUGGGUUAGUGGGGAAAACAUGUGUACGUUGUGGACUUUCUGCUAUAUUCCAUGAUGAUCACAGCAACCAAGAGUAAAACAAUUUAUGUAGGUAAGUCAUAAAAAAAAAAUGUCAUAAAAUAGUCAGAUUAAGAAAGACAUGAUGUUGUAUAGGAAAAAAACCGGUUAGGCUAGUUCCGCUUAAAUGCAAUAAUUUCUAUUGCCUAGUAAUUUAUCGUUUUACGCUGCCACAGUUUUUCUGUGCUUAAAAACUGGCUUUCCGCCGAAGUACUCAUUCCAGUUCUGUUAUCCUUAAACGUUUGUGGCUGUCCGAAAUAUUGCUGUUGUAACCUGCUUUUGCUGUUCUAUUCAAGGUCUACUAAAUUUAAUUGAUUGAAGAAUAAGCAGAGCGCUUACUCUGGUUGUUAGAUGCUCGCUCUCUGCUUCAAUUUAUCUUUAUCAUGUUUCUCAACUUGUGUACGCCUUUCAUCAACUUUUGAAGGAUGAUGAGCUUAACUUACCGACUGCUGCCAGAAGCAACUGUAUUUUAAUUAGUUAACGUACCCGGCUAAGCACCUUUGUUGGCCGAGAAAUGUACCACGCGUAUUGGGUUAGUAUACAAGCAAAAGACGGCUGAAUCAAAUAAACAAACAAACAACAGAUCUACAUAAAUCAAUACACACGCACACAAAUUCUUUCUUUUUUACGUGUUGCAUUUGACAUGUACGUAAUAAACAAUUGUGGCUAUUAUCAUUGUCGACCCAUGGUGGCAUAAACCGGCUGAAAGUCGUUCCCUCUGCGCGCGCUGCCUGUAGCCCUGGUGAGAACGGCCCUUGGGAUUGCAUACGCUCACCACAUGCGACCACCAGACUGGUGCUAGCUUGCUACAGAUGUGAAAGUUAUGAGACGCCCAUCACCACUGGAUUGGUGACUAACCUAGUAAUGGCUGCGAGAUCGGUGGAGCAGUUAGCGUCACGCACUCAUCAUCAUUAUCAUCAUCAGUGGUUCGUGUGGUGUCUGUAUAAAUUCUCAGAUGGCCACCACAGAUUUUUCGAAGGUGUAGACCUACAGUGCCAAGCACAAGCAGCGAAAUCGAAAUAAAGCAUCAGCCUGACGACUUCCAGAAGGAUCAAUUUCCAACGGUACUGACAAUAACACGAUGACAAAUUUACCUUUUUGUUGAGAUUAUCGAAAAAGAGUUGAAGCAAGAAGAAAGCAAGCCACAUUACCAAACUGGUUAUUAUCGAUAUAUAUCACGUAAACCUAGAACUGAUAAUUAAAGUGCAGAUACUAGAAGUCAAUUACUGAUGCUUUUAUGUACUGGAACAUUCAAGUUAUAUUAUCACUGCAUUAUUAUUAUUACUAUUAUUGUAUUUCCUUCUUAUCUCUCAUAAUCAUGAUUCCGAUAUUGUCGAUUAGAUAGUUCCUGUCAAAUAGUGAGUUGCUCCAAGCUAUCAGUCGUUUCGUUUGUGUGACAAUUCGUCAAAACAUUACUGUUUACCUUUGCUUAUUCCCAGCAGUUGUUACAACCGCUAAUUUCGUCUGUAGCACUCCCUUGAAGCGUUUGAAUUAUUGACCGGCCCGCCGUAUGGCACCAAUCUUAUCCAAACUACCAAAUAAAUGAAUCAACUCCGCCUUGGUACGAUUAAAUUACACCUUUGUUGUCUCUAACGUUAAGUGGGUGGCGGCAAUGCGGAAGUUCAUGGAUGUAACAGAACUUACGGAAAAACCAGCGAUGUUGACCAGGUCAGUGAGCAUCGAAAAGUGUGUUUUGGAACUUUCCUUUGGGAGUACAUCCAUCCAGCAUUACUUUUUCUCAGGGAAACGCAUGACGAUAAAAAAAAAUUGGCGUUGAUACUUCAAACAGACAUGCUCGCCCAGAAACAUAUAGGCAUACUAGCGCAGUGCGAGAAUGAAAAGGCGACGGGGUCGGAGAAAUAUUACUGGUUAAAUGUUGCAAUAAGUGUCCGUAAAAAAAAAGUUUUAUGAAGAAACUGUGAAUGGGACGUGCAAAUGCAAAAGAACAAUAUGCUGGUUUAUUACCGUGGACUAGCACGAGUAAGUCUACUGUAUUGCAUCAAUAAAAGAAUCGAAAACUUAUUACUUGUCAAGUUGCGUAAUUACCUUCGUAUCUUGAGUCCACUCGCCCUGAGUGUACGCUAAUUGGCGGUUGAAUACGUAAGGUGAUGAUCUAAGCAAGUGUCGGCAAGAUGGAAGAGUUCUAUGAAUGUACCGAACUUUUCAUGCGAUAAGCGAUAUUGAGAGGCAAUAGAGUCUUAUAAGGACGGGAAUAGUUUUGGAAAAGCAGAAUUAUUACAACAUUGACAAUAUCAGCUUACAUCAGAGAAAAGGUAACGCAUGGGCUAUCAUGUGAAAAAAAACAUACGUAGAAGAGGAUACUGAUUAACAACAAUACUAGUAAUAAUCGUGAUAGUAAUGAAAAGUAGGCACAAAUAUAGGAAUAUGAUGUUGCUUAAUAUUAUGAAUAUGAUGAAUAUAUAUAUAUACAAUCAGGGAAAAAACCAAGAAUAUCCACAGUUGAUCGCUAUCACGUAAAGCCAUCGCCCUUAGUCGAAAACUAUUUAGUUAUUUUUACUUUGGAUUAAUAUUUUGUAUAAACCUUUCAUGUCUCGAUUCUGUACAUAGUGGAGACCUAUCUUCAUUUAAACAGUAUAUUUGCACAGCUGGUGUUCAAUAGUCUUCACAGGUAUGCUAUUAAAAAUAAAGGAAAAUAAAGCUGAAACAUUUCUAAAGUAUGUCAUUGGCUGCUUUCGUUUUAAUGUUCCGUAGAUCAAAGCAAUAGUGUCCUAAUCAUCUUGAGCCUAUUGCAUGAUCCUGACGGAUAUUAUCAUAGAAUUAAAGGUAUAUG